UGUGAACUCAUUUACAAUGUGCACAAUAACAAAGAAAUAAAUGUGAUUAUCCGGAGAAACCUGUGGAGCUCGCGUCUCACGGACAGCGCUCUGAUUGGUCUCCUUCAGGCAGCGGGGGCGUGGCUUAAUGCUGUGGGCGUUUCACAAAACCACAGUCCAAGCACAGGCUUCCACUCACUACUACGGAUUUGGGGAGAUCACACUAGCUGUCUGCAGUUUACUCUCUGCGAACACACACGUUUGGUUUACCUUGAUCCACUGCAUGCGUAAAGAGUUUGUUUGGCUGCGCGGAUAAUCUCUCUUCUCUCUCUCUCUCUCUCUCUCUCUCUCCUUUAAACACUUUUUUGUUGAUUCUGUUUUUUUUUGUUUUUGUUUUUUUUAACAACCUAUCUGAGUUGUGAUUGCUCUCCGCGCGCCUGCACUCCUCUCCACCAUGGAUUUGGUUUGGAUUGUGGGCUUCGUUGUGCACUUCUGCGCCUGGUUCGCGUCAGCGGAGCGACACAGCGUCUACUGGAACAGCACGAAUCCAAAGUUCCUAUGGGAUGACUACGCUGUGGAAGUGAAGCUUAAUGACUACCUGGACAUCGUCUGCCCCCAUUACCCCGAGGGCGAGGUGCCGUUGCUGGAUGCCGAGCGAUAUGUGCUCUACAUGGUGGAGCGCGAGGACUACGACGCCUGCAAACCCCAGUCGUAUGACCAGAUGCGCUGGGAAUGCGGGCACCCGUUUGCCCCCCACGCCCCCGAGAAAUUCUCCGAGAAGUUCCAGCGCUUCACUCCGUUUACUCUGGGAAAGGAGUUUCGCCAAGGAGAGAGCUACUAUUAUAUCUCCAAACCUUUGCACCACCAUGGAAAAGAGUGCCUCAGGCUCAGGGUGGACGUUGUAGCCGCCGACGGCUCUCAAGAGGCCAGAGUGGCUAAAGGAGGCACAGGUGGGGCUGGAGUAGGAGCUGGGGGUGGGGUUCACAACCCGUCCAACAGAUUGCCUGCAGACGACCCAGUGGUAAUCCUGCCAGAUGUCCAGAAGAGUGUACGGGCGAGCUCUGCAGUGGCCACUACAUCCCUCUCAAUCCUCUCAUUGCUUGUCCCAUUUUCGUUACUGCUGUUGCUGCACUGAGAACUCAUAAACAACUGCUGCUGGCAGAUGAUUUUUUAUUUCAGGGACUACAAUGAAGACAGUCCGUGGGGGAUGAAACCACUGACUCAAAAAGACCAGUGCUGGCCACACAGGGAGACUUUUGAAACGUGCAGAGCAUGGACGGACUCACUUGCACAAAUUGUGCUGAGCAACUCUUGGAGCAUUUGAGACAAAGUGUGUCCGCUUUGUUAAAUCUUUCAAAGGCUGACAGUAUUUUUAAUUUUCUUGAAAAGACCAAGCUCCUUGAUUCCUGUGUUUUUUUUUUUUAUCAUCUGUCUGCCAAACACAUAAACUUCUUUGGUUGAUAACCUUGGAAGAAAAUAUGAAGAAGUGGAGGAAGAACAAUCAAGAGCAAAGACACAUUCACCCGGACACAACUUCCAUACAUAAAGACGUGUGGACAUCGAAAUGGGAACGUACGUUUUUGAGCCAAAGAUCAGUCACCUCUCCAGCUUGUGUUACUGUGUGCUAUCUGUUGUAUUGUUGUCGUGACGGUAUGGAGUUGCAUUGAAGUCCCAGGUGAUUACUUUUCUCUAAAUGUAGCAUUGACGACACACACACGGGGGCCGUUCUCAUCGCAACCGUUCUUUUGUAAACUCGACUAUGUGCUUAUACACUGUAGCACUAAAACUGCACAGUACAGACACACACUCCACAUCAGUGUUACACACACACACACACACACACACAUAUACAUACGUGACAUGAAACACACACUAUUGUACUGUUCCUUGUACAUUCUGUGAAGAUAAUUUAUAACAUUUGCAGCUGUUUUACUGUAUAUACCAUGAGCUUAUGAAAGGAAAUGUUUACUGUUGGCAGCGAGGGAGGCUCUCUCUCUUUUAGUUCUCCUGGUAAAGUUAGUACUUGUGUGAAAGGGAAAAAAAAAGAAAAGAAAAAGAAAACGUGUGUUGAAGAGAUUGUGUGCGAGCUACGGAGAGAUUGAUUGAUCGUGUGAUGAGACAAAAUGUUUUUCUGCCAAAAGCAAACACUGAGAUGUUGUGUGUGUAUUACAGAGAGGCUGGACUUCUCAGUUUGUUGGAUCUUGCCGCUGAUCUUGCCGCUGACACAAUGAUGCCCACGUAUUUUUAUUACUGCCGGAACCGACCCAGUGUGUCGCGGUGCCUUCAUUCAGAUUUCAACGGAAUGGAAUGGCGCGCUUUCAGAAUAAAUGUCACAUAUUUGAUUUUUUUUUUUCUCACGUUACUGUCACCAGUUCCACUCAGACAAGGCAUCAAAAAAGUGAGUUGCUAAGCACAUCUUCACCAGACAGACGGGCUCGUUCGACGAAGCGAAACAGUGUAUGAUUACCACUGAAGUCAGACUUUUUUUUUAAAAAUCUGAAUCCUUGUUACCGCUUUUUGUACAUGUGUAAGUAAAAGAAGUGUAAAAUAUGUAUAUAUAUAUAAAUAUAUAGAAGAUUAUAUAAAAGACAUGUUUGAUAAAUAUUCUAAAUGUGAACAUUUCAUGUGAAAUAAUAAUAAAAAAGGAUAUUUUUGGAAAACCA